AUGCUACGAGGGUCGCUCAAGGCCACCUUCAGAAAGUCGGCUCCCAAAUAUUUCCAUAUUUCAACAGCUCUACUAUCGACUCCAAAGACUGCAGCUACGCAAGACAAGAAGAUCAGUCUAGAUAAAGACAAUCAUAUAAAGUGGGUCUACGACAAGAUUGACAAGAUCCCACUAGAAAACUACAGAAACUUUAGUAUUGUUGCUCAUGUGGACCAUGGUAAGUCAACACUUUCAGAUAGACUUCUAGAGAUCACAGGCGUCAUUGAGCCAGGAUCCAACAAGCAAGUUCUCGAUAAGCUAGAUGUGGAACGAGAACGAGGCAUCACCGUCAAGGCCCAAACAUGUAUGAUGUUCUACCAACAUCCUGAAACAAAAGAAGAAUACUUAUUGCAUUUGGUUGAUACGCCUGGUCAUGUAGAUUUUCGUGCAGAGGUGUCUAGAUCGUACGCUUCUUGUGGAGGUGCGCUAUUGAUAGUGGAUGCUUCACAAGGCGUUCAGGCCCAAACUGUGGCUAACUUCUAUUUGGCAUAUAGCAUGGGACUUAAGCUUAUCCCAGUUAUCAACAAAAUUGACUUGGAUGCCGCAGAUAUUCCUCGUGCAAUGGACCAGGUCGAGACAACCUUCGAAUUGGAUAGAGAGGAUUGCAUUCCCGUCAGUGCCAAAACCGGCCUCAAUGUUGACAAUAUUCUAGAAGCCAUCGUGAGAGAUAUUCCUCCUCCAGACGGGAAUCCAGAGGGCAAGUUGCGAGGCCUACUUGUCGACUCAUGGCAUGAUCCUUACGUUGGAGUAGUGAUGCUUAUGUAUGUGAAGGACGGCUGUAUCCGAAAGGGCAUGAAAUUGGUUUCAGCCCACACGAACAAAAAGUAUGAGGUCAAGGAGGUUGGUGUGAUGUACCCGGAUAAGCUACCUAUGAGCAAAGUCGGAGCUGGUCAGGUUGCAUAUAUCAUUCCUGGUAUGCGUAACCCUAAAGAAGCCAUGAUUGGAGAUACAUUUUUUCAAAAUGGCAAUCAUGAAGGGUUGGAGCCACUUCCAGGCUUUGAGGAACCUCAGCCGAUGGUGUUUGUUGGUGCAUUUCCUGCUGAUGGUGGAGAAUUCAAACUGAUGAACGACCAUAUCGAGCAUCUUGUUCUUAAUGACCGGUCUGUCACCUUGCAGAAAGAGACAUCCAACGCUUUAGGACUAGGUUGGAGACUAGGCUUCUUAGGAUCCCUCCAUGCAUCGGUGUUCCAGGAAAGACUUGAAAAGGAGUACGGUGCAAAAAUCAUCUUGACGGCACCUACUGUACCUUACAAAAUCGUCUACAGAGAUGGCUCAGAGAAGAUUAUCUCGAACCCUUCUGAAUUUCCAGGAGUCGAGAAUAGACAAAACGUCGAUAAGGUCCAGGAGCCAUUUGUCACGGCCAUCAUGACGAUUCCUGACGAAUAUGUGGGAACCGUCAUGUCCCUUUGCGAGAGUUCCAGAGGUGUUCAAAAGGAGUUGGAAUAUUUGCAAACAGGCCAAGUUCUUCUCAAAUACGACAUUCCGUUGGCACAGCUCGUGGAGGAUUUCUUCGGAAAGCUCAAAGGUCUCACCAAAGGUUACGCUUCUUUGGACUAUGAAGAUGCUGGCUACGAGAAUUCAGACGUUGUGAAAUUGGAGCUCUGUGUCAAUGGUGAGCCUCAAGAUGCCUUGACGCAAAUCAUUCACAAAUCACAGUCCCAAUCGAGAGGAAGGGAAUACGUUGCUCGCUUCAAGGAAUUCCUAAAAUCUCAACUUUUCGAAGUUGCGAUCCAAGCUAAAGUUCUGAAUAAGGUCGUGGCAAGAGAGACCAUCAAAGCAAAGAGGAAGGACGUCACGCAGAGAUUACAUGCUGCUGAUAUCUCUAGAAGAAAAAAAUUGUUGGAGAGGCAGAAGGAAGGAAAAAAACAAAUGAAGGCUUCAGGACGUGUUCAUAUUAAUAAUGAGGCGUACCAGGCUUUCUUACGUCGCUAA